CUCCCGGCAUGCACCGCGGGUAAACAGGAAUGGCGGAGGAAGAGGGAGAGGAGGAUCUUGUCAAUAACAACAAUAUGGGCAACCAGCUGCAGCUUAUCCCGGGUAUGCAUGAGGAGGACGAUGACAUGGAGAUGGAGGACCCAGAUGGAGGAGACUCGGAGGCUCCCACCGUUAUUAACUUUGACACCAGCUUGCCGACAUCUCAUGCAUACCUGGGUAUAGACAUGGAGGAGUUCCAUGGUCGGACGUUGCACGACGAUGACAGCUGUCAGCAUAUCCCAGUGUUGCCGCACGUGCAAGUGAUGCUUAUUCCAGGUCAGACUCUGCCGCUGCACCUCUCCCGGCCACAAGAGGUCAGCAUGGUCCGCAGCCUCAUCCAGAGGGACAGAACGUUUGCCGUGCUGGCAUACAGUGACAGCCUUCAGAGGGAAGCUCACUUCGGAACGACCGCCGAGAUCUAUGCGUACCGGGAAGAGCAGGAAUAUGGAAUCGAGACGGUGAAAGUGAAGGCUAUUGGCAGGCAGAGGUUCCAGGUGCUGGAGAUGAGGACACAGGCCGAUGGGAUUCAGCUGGCUAAGGUACAGAUACUUCCGGAGAGAGUUCUGCCCUGUCCUUUGACGUCAAUCCAGCUGGAUUCUCAGAACCGCCAUCAGGUCGUGCCAUCGGGUAAAGCAGCCGGUGGUCGGGGCCCGCAGAGCAGCUGCCAAUGGCUGCACAAGUACCGCAGGAGAAAGUUCUAUGGUGCCAAUCUAACCUCUUGGCCUUGUUGGCUCUACGCUUUGUAUGACGCUGACUCUCUGAUGGAGCGAGUGAAGCGGCAGCUGCACGAAUGGGAUGAGAAUCUCCGGGACGACUCUUUGCCUGCUAAUCCGAUAG